UGAAGCCUCUGUUGCCUAUUAGAGAUUAUAGAGGCGGCUGGAAAGCGAAUUCACGCUUUUGGUUUUCUUUCUUAGGCUGCUAGAUUUAGCUUUCUUUUGUGUAUGUUUUUGAAAUCUCACACUGGACAUAUUCAGAUAUCAUUUAGCCUACUCGGACAGGAAUAUCGGAUGGUCAUACGGGACAAUUGAAUUAGUUUUCAGCACGGGCUGGUGGAUUUGAACGCCAGGCUACAAGCGCUUCUUCUUAAGAUUCUGACAGCGAAUGUAGCCUAUUACACAUUGGAUUCAACUUCAGGAAAGUUUAACAUUUUCUCGGAAGCAAGCAGAUUUUGUUUCUACCUAUAUUGUGGGAUGCGCUCGAAUUGUGCUGGAGAAUAUUUCGAGACUCAAAGAAAUACAACAUCGUGGACGUUUUGAAUUUCUGUUCUGUUGUCAAAUACAAGAAUAUGCUGACUUUAAAUUAAUUUAGCAAAAAUAAGCAUCUAUAUUUCAUAUCUUACCUAUUUAAUCCCCUUAAAAUCUGCGAAGCCAAAUCUACAACAUUUUUUGCUAUAAUGUCCUGGAGCUGAGACUGGACAUAAAGGACUGUCUCCGAACGUGUAGAAGAGCGGUUCGGGUUGUCGGAACAUGAAGUCAGUUACCGGUCUGUUUGUUGUAAGUGUGUUGCUGUGUUCAACGAUCUCGUCCUGGAGCGCGACUGUCAACAGCUAUGGAGCAGACAUUUCUAGGCUUGGUUCCCCUGAUUUUAGCGGCGUAAAUAACUUCAGCACCUUCCUGUUGGACCGUGAGUCUGGGAUGCUCUACCUUGGUGCGCGGGAUGCAGUCAUCGCUGUGGAUACUGCUAAUCUAUCAAAGAGGAAGAUGGACGAUUGUAGGAACUACGUCCGUCUGCUGGAGUUUUUGGGCGAUGGACACAUAUAUGCCUGUGGGACUUUCGCCUUUGACCCCCAGUGUGCAUUUAUUAACAUCUCUUCAUUCUCUCUGGAGAAACAUGAAGAUGGUAGCAUGAAGAUGGAGACGGGGAAGGGGAAAUGCCCUUUUGAGCCCAGCCAGCAUUACACAGCAGUCAUGGCAGGAGGGAUCCUUUACACUGCUGCCACAAGUAACUUCCUUGGCACAAUGUAUGACAUUUCCAGGGCAACAGGCACCGAGCAGGAACGCAUCCGCACUGAACAAUCAAUCAACUGGCUUAGUGAUCCAGAGUUUGUCAGUUCUGCCUUCAUCCAAGAGGAUGAGAAGCACAAUCCUACUGGUGAAGAUGACAAAAUGUACUUUUUCUUCACUGAAGUAGCUAAAGAAUAUGACCUUUACACCAAGAUUAAAGUGCCACGAGUUGCUAGAGUCUGCAAGUCUGAUGUAGGUGGUAUGAAGACCCUGCAGAGGCGGUGGACGACAUUUCUGAAGGCCCAGCUGGUGUGUGAAGAUCGAGCAAGUGGACAGCGAUUUAACGUUCUGUCUGAUGUGUUCACUGUACAGCACCAGCCUGGAGACCCCAGCAGCACACACUUCUAUGGCAUAUUCACCUCACAGUGGGAAAGAGAGGAGCUGUCAGCUGUGUGUGUGUACAGUCUGGAGGAGAUAACUAAGGUGAUGAAUGGACCCUUUAAAGAGCUGAAAAAGACCUGUGAGAACUGGAUUAACCCAGAGCCCAUACCAACACCCCGACCAGGACAGUGUUUGAAUAGUGCUCUGAAGGAGCUGGGCUUUGAGUCCUCCUUGAAGCUGCCUGAUAAAGUGCUGACAUUCGUGCGUGAUCACCCGCUUAUGGAGAACAGUGUGGUGGCAGCACCCCUGAUGAUCAGAAAUGGCAUCACAUAUACUAAACUUGCUGUUACCUUACCAAUGGCCUCCAGUGGCCUGAAGCAACACAUGACCACUGUUUUGCACCUUGGAACAGAUCAUGGAGAGCUGCACAAAGUCGCUGUAGUUGGUCCGAAUGCAACUCUCAUUGAAGAAGUCCCUCUGUUUUCUGCACAGGAGCCAGUGAAUAACAUAUUGCUAUACAAAGAUGAGGCUCUGGUGGGCACUCCUCUCUCUCUGGUGAAGUUACCCAUAGUGGAUUGUUCUCUGUACUCUACCUGUGAGGUGUGUGCACCUGCCCGAGGACUUGGCUGCGUAUGGAGGCAUAAAGAGGGAGCUUGUGCUAUAAUGAAGCCUGGUAAAGUUGAAGAAGCAGAAGAUUUGGUCAGGCAAUGCACCAAAGGUGAAGGUCUUUGCUCCCCACCUGUAAUUGAAAUGCGUGUUGAAAAGGGUCUGCGUGUCCUGCUUUCUUGCGUGCAAGUGUCUCCUCGUCCCUGCCGCUGGGACCAUCCUCCACAUAGUCACACUCGCCGCCACAACUACGACCUGGAGGUGCAAGUCACGGCGGAGAGCGUGGGCACCUACGUGUGUCUAUGUGAUGAAGUGGGCAGAGAUCAGCCACCCUGUCGCAGAGCAGAGUACCAGCUGACCCUUGACAACCCCAGCAUGGGGGGGAACGUGGCCAUUGCAGGUGGCCGACACUUCCUGGCCUCGCACAUCAUUUUUUUCGUUGUAGGUUUUGUAUUGGGUGGCAUCCUGUUGUUUAUAAUUUACAAACGGCAAGGCGGCAUGAGAGGGGGCGGGCACUCAUCAUCCACAUUGGAAAAGGGGCGGGACUUGCUUGCUUCUACAGACACACCACAGUCUCCAAGCAGUGCCAGUCUGUUGUCAGAGGCAGUUCCACUAACCGAGAAAAGGAAUGGGACACUGAACGGUCACGGACACAAUAUGCACCCGGGCGGGCUCAAUGGCAGGCAUAUUUAUGCCAACUCCAGUGGACUAAAACUGCAGGAAUCAGCUGUGAACCUGGCAGAGGAGCUGGAUGGUAGAGAAAGGGCGGGACCAGACGGGGAGGAGGAGGAAUUGGGGUAUGGACUAAGUGAGAUGGAGGAGGAGUUUUCUAAGAUGCCUUGUCUAAGAGGAGCACCUCUGGCACAGUGUGAAGAAAGCUCUAUCUGAAGUCCAGCACACAUGUGAUUUUUGAGACUAAACUCUGUGAAAGGUUCACAAACACAGAUGGAGGGCUGGAGGAGAAGAGGAAAGCAGACAAUCCAAGAAACUGAUACACAUUCCAAAUAUACGAUUAACAUACGCAGUCGCACAAAGAAGCACACAAACAAAUAAACUGAAUUUGCUGGAGGCUCCUCUACUACUCCAUUACAUCACCGUCCAGUCCAUUCACUCCUGUGUACAUGCUGUGUAGAUCCAUUUCUAUCCUAGUGUUUCUGCAUGUAUUUGAUCAGACGAAUGGGCACUUUUGUGUACCAUCCUCAAAGCCAUGCGCACCCACAUGGAAAUACACAGUCUGUGCAUCUGUGUAUGUGCAGUUCUGUAGUUGCUCAGUCUGUUUCCUCUUUGAGGAUUCAAAGUCCAAAAGGUCUUUCAAAGGGGAAUGACCCGUCCACAGCCCAGAGCAGCAAAAAGUCAGGAAGAAUCUGCUCAUUCUGGGCCCAUUACUGAAAUAAAAUAAUCUGAUUUGUCACCAAAAAGGGCUUUCUAGCACAAAACCCCUCUGUGAUUGAUGCUUCACAGCGGCAAAUAUUGAAUGAAUGAUGGAGAUACUGUAAACGUGAUUUUUGCCUCACAUAUAAAGUGGUUUGAGUACUGCUAAUGAAGGUACUGUGGCCUAUGGCAGCGCUGGAUUGUGGAGUCCCUACCAGAGAAAGGGGCACAAAGGGGCCCUCAGAGCAUACAGGAGGAGCUGACUCCCUGGCCCCUUUGGUGUAGGAUAUAUGACAAAAAUGACUGAAAUAGACCACCAUAGAGUGUGCCAAGGGGCCUCAUGGGGCCAUGAUUCGGUCCUGACCUAUAGUGCCCAAUUUUGAAUGAAGAGAGAAAAUGAGUAACAAAACCAGUUAGCAAAUUCUUCUGUAGGAGAGAGCAUGUCAGACCUGUGAACUGAUAUUAGAUUGGACUGUACUUGACCACUGCAAUAUAAGUUAGUCACAUUCAGAGCAAGGGAGUUCUUCUUCUCUGAAAUGGGGCUGGCAGUGUUUUGUGGUUACAAGUAGCAAUCAAACCACUUCCAUCUGUAUAGGGACCAGAUGUAGCAUGUUCUGUUCAUAAUAUUCUGCACAGACAAAGGACCACAAGAUGAUGGAUGUCGCUUUAUUGUUUAGCAUGGAUGCUUAUUGAAAUCGUCAAAAUGGAAAUGAAGAGUGAAGGAUUUAUUAUUGAUACAUAAUUAUUGAUUGUUUUGAGUUUCCCUUUAAGGACAGAGAAUGUGCCUCAUUUGAAGGUAUAUUUAUUCCUAGUAAAGUGCAUGAUACAAAGUAGCCAUGAAUAAAGAGCUAAAGAUUUGUAAUGCAAUGAUCAUGGGCUACAGGUUAACCUAAAGCACUCCUAAUACAGAGAGUGUUCUAUUUAUAUGCAGCCACAAUGAUGUCUGUUCCAGGAGUAUGUAAAUAUAUGUGAAUAUAAAAGAAAAUAUGAGUAAGAUCUUUAAAAAUAUGUUUUUUAUUCUGUCUUUUCACCACUUGUUGGGUGGGGUCGGGGGGAUGAGUUGGGUUCUUCCUAAGUGUCAAACAGUCCCUCUGCCAGCCUAAAUGUUGGACCACAUUUAAAUGCCAUUUCCUGCCUUUUCCCAUUAGAAUAACUUGGAUCUACUCACAUUCUCCAUUUAUUUAUUUGGCAGUUUCUUUUUAAAUAAUUGUAACAUUGUCAAAGUGAAAGUAACACUCUGGAUUAUGUACAAUAUAUCUUGUCUUCUAAAUCUCUUUGUCAGCACUCAAUAAAUUAAUGAUAACAGGUACAUUCAACUCCAUAAACUCAUUUACAAAAUCCUGAUCUUCUUUUGACUUUAUAGUGAUAGUUUAAAAUAAACCUCCAACCCUCUCAAUGUACCAUAGUGAAUCUGCUGUAGUUAAACUUGUCCACAUGGUUGUAUGUUAAUAUUAUUGCAAAUAACUGAUCAUUUAGUGUUACAUGCUCUUUGUUUUUUCUGAAUAAAGAAUUGUUAAUUAAUGUACAGAUAUGUUGUAUUCUAAUUUUCUAUUUUUAUAAUUUAUAUAUAAUGAAGAUAAAUGUACUUUGUGUUUCAAAUGUUAAUGAAGGU